CCAGGGGUACCAGAUUGAUCACACGACCGCUCCUCCUCUGUUAUCUCUGUUUGGAUAUACGUCGUGUGUUCUUGGACCCACAGCGACUAUUUAUCUCUGAGUGAACUAAAAGCAGAUUUGCGACAGUCAACUGAACGGGAAUCGACAUGUCAGACGUAGUUCCUCCAGAAGUGAGACCCAAACCAGUCGUCCCCGCCAAGCCCCCUAAUGUGGGGGCUCCCUCCCCCUCCAGCCACUUCCCACCCCAGGGCCCGGGCAUCGGAGGAGGAGGCAGCAUUUCAGCUCCUCCUCCAAGUGCAAUUCCAGUCCCCAUCGGGAGUCACGGCCCAAGCCACGUUGGCAGCCAUGCUGUGGGCCAUAGUGUGGGUCAUGGCCACGCUGCGAGCCAUGUUGGAGGUCACACUGCGGCACACAAUGGAGGUCUUGGUCAUGGAGGCUCCCACAGCUCUGGCGGUGGAUCCACUUUGCUGGGGUACAUUGGUAUUGACACUAUCAUUGAGCAGAUGAGGAAGAAGACCAUGAAGACGGGCUUUGACUUUAACAUCAUGGUUGUAGGUCACAGUGGUCUCGGCAAGUCAACUCUUGUGAACACCCUAUUCAAGUCCCAGGUGAGCAGGAAGAGUGCAGGGUGGGCCCGUGAUGAGAAGAUCCCCAAAACUGUAGAUAUCAAAGCAGUGUCUCAUGUGCUUGAGGAGGGUGGUGUCAAGAUGAAGCUGACAGUUGUCGACACUCCAGGCUUUGGAGACCAAAUCAAUAACGACAACUGCUGGGAGCCCAUUUCCAAGUACAUCAAUGAGCAGUAUGAGAAGUUCCUAAAGGAGGAGGUCAACAUCACCAGAAAGAAGCGUAUCCCUGACACCAGGGUGCAUUGCUGUCUAUAUUUUAUCACCCCAACUGGACACUCUCUUCGGCCAAUUGAUGUCGAGUUCAUGAAACGCUUGAGUCACUCGGUCAACAUUAUUCCUGUUAUAGCAAAGGCAGACACGAUGACCCUUGAGGAGAGACAGGAGUUCAAACAGCGGGUGAGGAAGGAGCUGGAAAUGGGCGGGAUUGAGUUUUACCCACAGAAAGAGUUUGAUGAGGACAUGGAGGACAAGAGCGACAAUGACAAGAUCAGAGAGGCGAUGCCUUUUGCUGUGGUGGGCAGUGACAAAGAAUAUCAAGUGAAUGGCAAACGAGUUCUGGGGAGGAAGACAGCGUGGGGCAUUGUAGAAGUUGAAAAUCCCAACCAUUGUGAGUUUGCUCAGCUGAGAGAUUUCCUGAUCAGGUCUCACCUUCAGGAUUUGAAGGAGGUCACUCACAACAUUCACUAUGAAACAUAUCGUGCCAAGAGACUGAACGAGAACGGAGGUCUCCACCCCAUAUCCUCCAAUGACACCCAGGAAAGCAACCUGUAGUUCGUUCAGGCAGAGUGAGAAUAGAAACAGUGCAAUGAAGCUGAUUGAUGAAUCUACAGAAUAUUAUAAUCAUUCUCACCGCGGCAUUGCUGCAUGCUUCGAAACAUUUUAAUCUGUAAAAAUCUGUGUCAUUGAAACAUGUCAUUCAUCGUCUUCUACACUUCCCCAAAAACACAUAUCAAACCCAUCUGAUUUCAUUUCGUCGUAAAGUCGUUUUAUGAAUAUUGGGAUGGAAUGGAAGUCCCAAACAGAUAACUUAGUGCCAUUAUAAAAUAAACAAUUUAUCAACUGCCAAUGCCUUGCCAUUUAUCAUUAAACGGGUAUUGUAAGAUUAGAAAGUGCCACAUUAUUAUGCCUAAGAGACCAUUUUAAAAAAGUUUUGCAGUUGUGUAGCAACUGGUGUCUGAAUUCAGACAAAUUAUUUCAUUUGCAAAACAUUAAAGUUAGUUCCUGUGCAGAAGUUAUGCAUGAGACAACUCUGCAGUCGACUCUGUAUAAUUUGCUUUUAAAAAAAAUUCUCAUCAGCAACUUUUUGCAGAAUCCCAGUGGCUUUACUGCUAGGAGGGCUUAACAAGCAGCACAAGCUGUGCUGCCUUCUUUUAAACCCAUUUUCAGGAAGAAAACAAAUUUCUCUAUUUUUCCCUCUCCCUGCUUAUGUUUCAUUUUCCAUUUUAAAUAGUUUGAGUGCACAGACCUGCGUACUAAAAUGAAAGAACAUCACUCACAUAUGAAAUGUAAUUCUGUGGGCGCCAGUGUGUGUAUAAUUAAAGAGCCCACAAGGUGCAUGACUGUGCAUACUGCAGAUUCUGUGACUCCAUGAUUCACCAUAACAAAGCACACAGACUGAACACUCGGCAUGCUUUGUUACACCACAGUGAAUAUAGAGAACGGAUGUGGUCCAGUGCAUUGGUGCUUGUGCUCACUUGCAUUAGCUGCAUAUGCUCAUACAAUGACAGCAGAGAGUAACUAUAAACUAGAUCAGUGGUUUAAUUAAAUGUUGCAUUUUUCUUUCUAGGAUUCAGAUUGACUUUGCGACAUAUUUUGACAGCACCCAAUAUUGAUUCUAAUAUUAAAGCCUGCAUGUAAUUUAACCUGCAUUACUUAAUAGAAAAAGAAGGAGUAGCAUGGCUAAUAAUGUAAUUUUAAAAAAUCACAUUUUAUACACCAGCUGACUCAACUGGAGUAGUUAAUUAGUUAAUUAGUAGUUAAGUGUAAAACCACUGUCCGUUUCGUAAGGCUCAGUAGAUUUCAUGCAUUUUUCUCCUCACUGUGCCCACUGGCCAUUCAUAAACAGAAUAUUUUCCAACCCAAAACAAAUCUGACCAAUAUUGUAAUCAGUAUACCUGAUAAACUGCUAUAUAUAAAGCUUCUAUAUCACAUUAUAGCAUUAAAAAAGUAUUAUUGGAACAAAAUGUGUCAAACAAGAUAUUUUAAUGUUAUUAUGACAUACAAACUUAUCACAUCAGAAAGAAAGUUACAUGUUAUAACAUGAUAACUUAUUUUUAUAGCAUAAUGUUUUGUUGGACAAGAUAAAUAGUAAAUUAUUGAAGAAAAGUUUCUUGUUAUAAUGUGAUACGUUUGUAUGUCCUGCAAACAUGAAAAUAUUACAUGGAAAACAUUCACUUUAUAAUGGGAAACUGAUAAAUUUUUCUUUUUCUGGCGUGGCAGCAAUGAGCUUCUGUAAUUCGAUGAACAGAAAAUUUAAAAAUAUUGCUUGUUGGAUAUUUUUCAUUGUGUGAACAUAAGAGAACUCUGGUGUGGUGAGUAUUUGUUGCCAUUUUAAAAUGUAAUUCCUAUUGUUCACCACUUAGUGGCGGCACUCUCCCAUGUAUAAGCAGCGACUUUGUAGAACAAAAAAUAGCCACUGCUUUGUGUCCUCAGACAUUCCGACUACUCAGAUUUUUAGGUAAUUUUUUUACACAGUCCAAUGUUAUAACCUGAUGAAGUUUACAGAGUUUGGACCCUCCAUUCCAGAUCAGGAUUACAAAAAGGUUUAGUAAACCUCAGGUUUACUUUAAUUAUAUUGGCCCGACGGAAUGCACUCAAAGUGUUGGUGUUAUUAUUCCAAAUCAAUUUGAUUAAUCAAGUUGUAAACAUGUUUACCAAUUUUUCUUAGGAACACAACAUUUUAUACAGUUCUGCCAUGCAGUGUCUGCAGUAGAGCACAGAUAUGCCAAAACUACAAGUAAUUCAAUCUUUCAAUAUCGAUCAAUCUUUUUUGUUUUAAGUUUAAUCAUUUUAUACAAUUAAAUGCAUCAUGUGCGAUUUUGAUAUGAAUUGUGAUGUCUGCAACAAAUUGAUAAUAGCUGUCUGUGAUUUUAGUGCAGUCAAAGGUUUCAAACAGAAAUUUGAAACAGUGUUUAUGUGUGCAUGCAUGUAUCCAUAUUGGUUACAGCUCAGUUAUCAGUUCACACAUCAACUUACAGUAUGAACUAUUUCUGAAUGUGCGGUGUGUACAUUAAAUUGCUAUUUCAUGAAGUAAAAACACUUCUGUCUUAACAUGUAUAACUAAACUGACAACCCACUGUCCAAAUAUCACUCAUCCCAUUGAACUAGUAGAGCUUCACAGUGUACAUUUAUUUAAUAACCACUUUUCUCAAAGUUGCUGUGACACAUUGAGAUAAUUUUCAGUGUUAUAUUGAGUUAUUUAUACAUUAAUGUCUUAUUAUUGUAAUUUAUUAUUUAUUUAAUAAAAGCACAUUCCCAUGUU